AUGUUUAGAACAGCCUUUGCUAGAAGCUUGAGACUCAAUACCAUACCCUUGAACACGCAGCGUGUUGCUGCCAUUUCUAAACCUGUCAUCCCACAAUUUGUUCAGGCUUCCAGAACCUACGCUGGUUUCCCUGCCUUGACUAGGGACGUUGCCAGAGAAAGAAUCAUCGAGUUGUUGGAAGGUUACGACAAGGUGACUUCUAAAGACAUUUCUGAGAAAUCUAGCUUUGUUAACGACUUGGGUUUGGACUCUUUGGAUGUUGUUGAAGUUGUCAUGGAGGUCGAGCAUGAGUUCAACAUCCAGAUUCCAGAUCACGAAGCUGACUCUUUGAAGACUGUGGGCCAGACUGUCGACUACAUUCUUUCCCAGCCUGAUGCAUGUUAA